AUGUCAGGCGUCGACGUGCUGGCGCCAACGGGGCUGACCAUAUCACAUCUCGUGUUUGCUGCUGGUGUGCUCGCAGCUACGGCGUUGGUCUGGUGGAAUUUCUAUGUCUUGUUCCUGGAUCCACUUCGGGAUGUACCUGGUCCUUUCUGGGCGAGAUGGACUCGUCUUUGGCUAUUGAACGAGAUCAGCAGUGGUCAAUCGCAUUUGACGUUCCCCAAGUUGCAUGACCAGUACGGUCCCGUCGUCCGCAUAACCCCGGAUCUGUACUCCUUCAACUCGCCCGAAGACCAAAAGAAGAUCUACAAGUUGAAAGACCCACUCGCAAAGACAGCAUACUACGAAACUGGCGGUGAUCCGGGAGUGCCCAACAUCUUCACCAUUUGCGAUGAGAAAGAGCAUUCAGAUCGUCGCCGUCGGAUCGCCUCGCUCUACACGAUGACCUCCAUGGUCCAUUACGAGGAGCCUGUGGACCGGAUGAACGCCCUCUGCGUGAAGAAGUUUGAACAGUUUGCUAAGCAGAAGAAGAGGGUGAACAUUCCGCAGUUCAUGCAGUACUACGCUUUCGAUGUCAUUGGCGAGAUCUCGAUCGACAGCAGCUUCGGCAUGAUGGAGAACGAAGGCGACGUCGACAAUAUGGUGAAGAUUGCGCAUUCUGCCGCCGUCUACCAAGGUCACGUCGGAAUCGUCCCAGAAAUCCAUCCUCUCUUCUUCCAGCUGCGCAAGAUGUUAGGCUACCUCAACGGAGGCUCUGCCACGCAAGAUCUUGUCAAUCGCCAGCUCGAGAAUCACCACCAAGCACUGAAGGCCGAGAAGACGGAUCCGAAGCAGGAACCUUUCAUUACAAAGAUACUGAAGCUGAAGGAUUCCGGUAAAGUGGACGACCUUCACAUUUUCGAUGCCAUCGGAGGCAAUCUCGCAGCAGGCUCCGAUACCACUGGCAUCACACUCGCAGCAGUUUUCUACUACCUGUAUCGCAAUCCGGACAAGUUGGCCACUUUGCGACGGGAAAUAGACGAUGGCGCCGCUGUUGGAGAAGUCUCAGACCCAGUGACUUUCAAAGAAGCGCAGAAUCUCCAGUAUCUGGGCGCCGUGAUCGAGGAGACACUUCGAAUCCACUCUGCCGCUGGAUACAUCCUCGAGCGAACAGUCCCGAAAGGAGGCGUUGAACUCGCUAGCCGCUUCUUCCCCGAAGGCACGCACGUCGGGUGUCAAUCUUGGGCUCUCCACCGAAACAAAGAAGUGUACGGUGCCGAUGCUGACGAGUUCAGGCCGGAAAGAUUCCUUGAAGAAGGCAAUCCAGCCACCACAGUUGCAUCAUUCGCUUUUGGUGGCGGAACGAGGGCGUGUAUUGGCAAGAACAUCUCGUUGCUGGAGUUGUCCAAGGUGAUCCCGCAGAUUGUGAGGAGGUUCGACCUGGUCUUUGUGGACGAGAAACCGUGGGAGCUGUAUACAAGCUGGUUCGUGUUUGCGAGGUACAGCUGUGAGGUAAGACUCCGAGGAGAGUGA